UGUGUGCGUCAGUUUGGUUGGCGUUUCUGUUAUACUGUCAAUAAUGAGAAAGCGAAUUUCCCUGUAUCACCCUAACAUCCAAAAUAUGAGAAUUUUUUACAUUUUUGUGUAUUAAAUUACAACUUCUAUAGACAUAUAACACACGAUAUGCUCGACGUUUUAUAGAUUUGAACAAUUCACUAUUUUAUAUGAAAAAUGACUUCAAUAAUCAAACUGCAGGCCCUUUCGGGGGCUAUGGACGAAUCGCCCCCUUGUUACAUCUUGCAAGUCGACGAAGUGCGUAUUUUAUUGGACUGUGGUUGGGACGAACAUUUCGAUUUGGAAAUUAUCAAAGAAAUGAGAAGGCAUGUUCACACGAUUGACGCCGUCUUGAUCUCUUAUCCUGAUGUCGCGCAUUUGGGGGCUCUUCCAUAUUUAGUUGGGAAGUUAGGUUUAAAUUGCCCUAUUUAUGCAACCAUACCGGUCUAUAAAAUGGGGCAAAUGUUUAUGUAUGACUUGUAUCAGUCUCAUUAUAAUAUGGAAGACUUUGAUUUAUUUACAUUGGAUGAUGUGGACGCCACUUUUGAGAAAGUUAUUCAGCUGAAGUACAACCAAAGUGUUCCAUUGAAAGGUAAAGGAUAUGGAUUAACAAUCACCCCUCUGCCUGCUGGCCACAUGAUUGGUGGCACAAUUUGGAAAAUAAUGAAAGUUGGUGAAGAAGACAUUAUUUAUGCAAACGAUUUCAACCACAAAAAAGAAAGACAUUUGAAUGGUUGUGAAUUAGAAAAAUUACAAAGGCCUUCUCUCUUUAUCACUGACGCGUUUAAUGCUACUUACCAACAAGCCAGGCGAAGGGCUAGAGAUGAAAAACUGAUGACCAAUAUUUUGCAAACCUUGAGAAACAACGGCAAUGUUUUGGUCGCUGUGGACACAGCAGGUCGUGUCUUAGAACUAGCACAUAUGUUGGACCAACUUUGGAGAAACAAAGAAUCAGGCCUUUUAGUGUAUUCUCUAGCUCUGCUAAGUAAUGUCAGUUACAAUGUUGUUGAGUUUGCUAAAUCUCAAAUUGAGUGGAUGAGUGAUAAACUAAUGAGGAGUUUUGAAGGCGCUAGAAAUAAUCCUUUUCAAUUUAAACAUCUGCAAUUAUGUCACAGUUUACAUGAACUUCAGAAAGUUUCAAGUCCAAAAGUCGUUCUAGCAAGUUCUCCUGAUAUGGAAAGUGGGUUCUCUCGCGAACUGUUUCUUCAGUGGUGUUCAAAUCGUAACAAUAGUAUUAUUAUUACAACUAGGACGUCACCUGGUACCUUAGCCAGAGAUUUAGUCGAUAAUGGGGGAAACCGACAAAUCGAUUUGAUCGUGAAAAGACGAGUUAAAUUAGAAGGAAGCGAAUUGGAAGAGUAUCUGAAGAACCAAAGAGAAAAACGCGAUGAGAAUUCCAACAGGGACGAAGAAUCAGAUUCCGAUGAUGAUAUUGAAAUGAGUGUCAUUUCAAAAGGCCGUCACGAUAUUGUUAUAAAACAGGAAGGCAAGACUUCAGGUGGCUUUUUUAAAGUUACUAAAAAACAAUAUCCUAUAUACCCUUUUCAUGAAGAAAAAAUCAAAUGUGACGAAUAUGGCGAAAUAAUCAGACCUGAAGACUACAAAUUGGCUGAAAUUGCUCCAGAAGUAGAAGAUAAUAAAGAAAAUGUUGUUAUUAAAAAAGAAGAAGAGGUCAUACCUGAAGUGAUUGAAACGCCAUCCAAGUGCAUUGUACUUAGCAGGACUGUCCAAGUUAACUGUCAAGUGCAAUACAUUGAUUUCGAAGGUCGCUCAGAUGGGGAAUCGCUUAUGAAAAUUUUGUCUCAGUUAAGACCUAGAAGAGUUAUUAUUGUUCGAGGUUCGCCUGAGAGUACAAACACAAUAAAAAAUCACUGUCAGGAGAAUCUUGAUGCAAGGGUGUUUGCUCCAGCUAGGGGUGAAAUCGUGGAUGCGACUACUGAGACUCAUAUUUAUCAAGUACGUCUUACUGAUGCUCUGGUGUCUCAGCUAAAUUUUCAAAAGGCUAAGGACGCCGAAGUUGCAUGGGUUAACGCGCAGAUUGUGGUCAGGGAGAGUCAAUUGGAUGCUAAGAGGAUGAAUGUUGAUAAUGAACCAAUGGAAGUCGAUGAGGACGAGUCAAAAAUAUUAACUUUGGAGCCCUACGGUGACAAUAUCCCCCACGACACAGUAUUCAUCAACGAAUUAAAACUCUCCGAAUUCAAACAAAUCCUCGCUAAAAGCAACAUAAAUUCGGAAUUUUCAGGUGGAGUUUUAUGGUGCAGCAACGGUACUUUAGCCAUCAGGAGGGUAGAAGCAGGAAGAGUGAUUCUGGAAGGUUGCAUUUCGGAAGAUUAUUACAAAGUGAAAGAACUCUUGUAUGAGCAGUACGCAGUACUGUAAUAUUUUUAUAAAUUUUCUUAGCGUU